GGUGUCGAGCGCCGAGCUCCGAGAACCAAACUGGGUGAGCGGGCCCCUGGUGGCCGCGCAGUCUCGCUAGUCGAUAUGAGUUUGGCUGGGGGCCGGGCCCCCCGGAAGACCGCUGGGAACAGGCUUUCUGGGCUUCUGGAGGCCGAGGAAGAAGAUGAGUUCUACCAGACGACUUACGGAGGUUUCACCGAGGAAUCUGGAGAUGAUGAAUAUCAAGGGGACCAAUCAGACACAGAAGACGAGGUGGACUCUGACUUUGACAUUGAUGAAGGGGAUGAACCAUCCAGUGAUGGAGAAACAGAAGAGCCAAGAAGGAAGCGUCGAGUAGUCACCAAAGCCUAUAAGGAGCCUCUAAAGAGCUUGAGACCUCGAAAGGUCAGUACCCCAGCUGGUAGCUCUCAAAAGGCCCGAGAAGAGAAGGCACUGCUACCACUAGAACUACAGGAUGAUGGCUCUGACAGUCGGAAAUCCAUGCGUCAAUCUACAGCUGAACAUACUCGACAAACAUUUCUUCGGGUACAGGAGAGGCAGGGCCAGUCUCGGCGGCGAAAGGGGCCCCACUGUGAGAGACCAUUGACCCAAGAAGAGCUGCUCAGGGAAGCCAAGAUCACAGAGGAGCUCAACUUACGUUCACUGGAGACAUAUGAGCGACUUGAGGCUGACAAAAAGAAACAGGUUCACAAGAAACGGAAGUGCCCUGGGCCUAUAAUCACCUAUCAUUCAAUGACAGUGCCACUUGUUGGGGAGCUGGGCCCCAAGGAAGAGAAUGUAGAUGUAGAAGGACUUGAUCCUGCUCCCAUGGCUUCUGCAUUGACUCCCCAUGCUGGGACUGGACCUGUGGUACCACCUGCUCGCUGCUCACGUACCUUCAUCACAUUUAGUGAUGAUGCGACAUUUGAGGAAUGGUUCCCCCAAGGUCGACCUCCAAAAGUCCCUGUUCGGGAGGUCUGCCCAGUGACCCAUCGUCCAGCUCUAUAUCGGGACCCUGUUACAGACAUACCCUACGCCACUGCUCGAGCCUUCAAGAUCAUCCGUGAGGCCUACAAGAAGUACAUCACUGCCCACGGACUGCCUCCUACUGCCUCAGCCCUGGGCCCUGGCCCCCCACCUCCUGAACCCCUUCCUGGCUCUGGGCCCCGAGCCUUGCGCCAGAAAAUUGUCAUCAAAUGAAGAGAUGUUUAGUCCUUAGAAAAUUCUUUCCUACCUGGACAUGGGCUCUUGACCUUCCCUCUCUCUCUACUUCUCCCCUUUAUAUCUCUGAUCUUUGCCUGCUCCUCUUCUAUGUCUUCCCCUUUUUCCCCACUAGUUCCUACUUGUUUUGUUGUGUUUUUUUAAUCUAAUAAAAUGGAAAGAUCCUUUUUGUUUUUCUGAUC